AUGCUCCCGUUCUACACCCACUACGGAUCUCCCAAAGGCUCCUCGUCGUCCCCGUGGGCCGUGAAGAAAAUCAACCCCCAGUGCAAUAAGAGCCAGCAAAGCAUCUAUCAGAAGAGGCUGAACGACGAGGCCAGGAUCCUGAAAAACCUCCAGCACCCAAACAUUGUGGGUUACCGUGCGUUUACCAAGGCCCAUGAUGGCAGCAUGUGUCUUGCCAUGGAGUACGGAGGAGAAAAAUCUCUCAACGACUUAAUUGAGGAGCGGAAUUCGGAGCACUUGGGCCCUUUCCCUGCUGCUACCAUCUUCAAGGUCGCCCUGAGCAUGGCGAGGGGGCUGCAGUAUCUCCACAACGAUAAGAAGCUGCUCCAUGGAGAUAUCAAGUCGUCCAACGUGGUGGUUAAAGGUGACUUUGAAACCAUAAAGAUCUGUGAUGUCGGCGUGUCCCUGCCCCUGGAUGAAAACAUGACGGUGAGCGACCCGGCCGCGUGCUACAUCGGCACCGAGCCCUGGAAGCCCAAGGAGGCGCUGCACGAGGGCGGCGUCAUCACCGACAAGGCCGACAUCUUCGCCUUCGGCCUCACGCUCUGGGAGAUGAUGACCCUCUCCGUGCCCCACCUCACCCUGGGAGGUGACAGCGAUGACGAAGGAAACGGGAGCAGCCGCAGCGAGGGCUAG